AUGAAUGUUUCUCUGUUGUUGAUCUCAAAUUCCAAAUCAGCUAUUUUUCCUUUUCACUCAUUAUUCGUAAUCAGAUCCUUUUCGUCUAAUUUGAAUGAGCACUUAUCUAUAAUCUCAUAUCUCAUAAAUUCUUGUGGAUUGACUCUAAAAUCUGCUCAAUCUGUCUCUAAGUAUAAGUUUUUACGUUUUCAAACUCCUGAAAGACCAGACUCAGUACUUAGGCUUCUCAGGGAACAUGGAUUCACCAUUUCUCAAAUCUCCAAAAUUGUUAAGACUCGACCCCAUUUGCUUUUAGCGCAUCCAGAAAAGACCCUCUUGCCCAAAUUGGAGUUUCUGCGUUCUAUAGGGUUUUCAAGGACAGGCCUCUCUGUAAUGGUUUCUCGGAAUCCAGAUUUCUUGGCUCGAAGUUUAGAGCGGUGGCUGAUCCCAACUUAUGAGAUCCUUAAAAGUGUACUUGUUUCUGAUGAGAAAGUAGUUAAGACUCUCAACAACAGAUUUAUCUCCUUUUUGCCGAAGAGAUUUUUUAACAAUUAUUCACUCUUAAGAGAGAUUGGAGUCUCUGAAUCUUCCAUCUCUUACUUGCUCUCCCAGUCUCCGCAAGCCAUGUCUGAGGAAGUAAGUAAAUUUGCUGUACAAGUUGAGAAGGUUAUGAAACUGGGUUUUGAUCCUUCAAAAUUUAAUUUUGUUGAGGCAGUCCGUGUUUUUCAUGGGUUAUCAUCCAAAUCAUGGGAGCAGAAAAUGAAGGUUUAUAAGAGGUUUGGUUUGUCUGAAGAUGAGAUUUGGUCUAUGUUCAGAAAGUAUCCCACAUGUAUGGCUCUUUCUGAGAAAAAUGUCAUUGAUACAAUGGAUUUUCUUGUGUGCAAGAUGGGUUGGCAGCCUGCUGCUGUUGCUAAAACUCCACUUAUGCUUGGUUUUAAUUUGGAGAGGAGGAUUAUGCCAAGAUGUUCAGUUGUAAGAGUUUUGCUUUUAAAGGGCUUGAUUAAGGCAGACGUCCAUUUAUCUUCAGUGUUGAUACCUUCUGAAAAGUUCUUCUUCGAAAGGUUUGUGACCAAGUAUCAGGAACAUUUGCCUGAAUUGUUGGAUAUCUUUCAUAAAAAAAUGGGUCUUACACAACUUGGCUUUGGCUUUAGCUUUGAUGAUACAUUCAAGAUUUCUAGGUUAAAAAAUGUCUAG